GGCGAUUUUCUAGAUUGUUGGAAAUUCGAUUUUCUAUAAACUGGAAAAUCCCCACGGAAUUCCCAUAUGUACUCUUUGAAAUUCGCCGAGCAUUUUCCAUAAAUAAUUUCCAACCUUACAGUGUAGUGAUAUAUAAAAAUAAUCACAGUUUCUUUCACAAAAAUUGAAGAAUAGUUUGUAUUGAGAAAAAUGCAGAAUUGAAAGGGCUACAAAAUAAGCUAUAGUAUGUUGUUUCAAACCCUUAAGUUUAAUAGACUUAUUGGCAAAAUACUUAACGCAUACAGUGGGUUUAACGUGUGGCAGAAGUGAAGUGAAGUACAAUGGUGUAACUAUGGGGAGACCGGGAAUAGUUUUCAUACAAGAAAAUCGAAGAAAUAACAAGCUUCAAACUGAAAUACAUUAGAUUGUUGUAAACGUAUGCCUUCAUACAUUUCUACACUAAAUACUGUACAACUAUGAUGAUUGUUGCUUAAAGUACGUAACAAAAGUUUAAGCUUUUUCUUUUUCUGAUUUUUUUCGUCAAUCACAACAGCUAUUAGCUGUUUUAAAAACAGUACUAAAGAAUGCUUUGAGCAGCUGAAACAUUUUUCUGUCCGACGAGGCGUAUACAAAAAUUUUCUCAAAUUGUUUAAAAACCAGGAUUUGGGAAAAAUCCAAAGAGCUACUUUCAAAUAUCCUAGCUUUUAUCGGUAGUUUUGUAUUAAUAGUUUAGUUAGAGUAAACAUUCCUGAGGAAAAUAAGGCGUCACCGAGCUCAUUUCAAUUUUCAUGAAAAAUUUCAUUCUACUUAAAGUAUUUUUUUUCGUGUUUCAGGAGUAAAAAACUAAGAAAAACACAGCAAAAAGGAGUUAUUCUAGUUUAAUACAGAAACAUAUCUGCCUGCUCAAAUAGCAUCGCUUACUGUUAAACUAAUCAAAAAACAAAUUCUCUCUAUUGAACAUUCUUCUUAUCAUUUAUUUUUUGAUUGUUGUUGAGAUAAAUUCUGUUUUUUAUUUGACUGUUCAACUUUGUGAUGAAGUUGUGGCUGUAUCAGACAAGGAUGUUGGAGAAACAAAGGUGAUAUUUUCUUUUAACUCUGAUUUUUUCAUGGUAUUUAUCUUUCUUCAUAUCCUGUACUAUUGACCAUUGCAUCACAUGGUCUUCAUCUACUGUUUUCUGUAAUCAUGAGUGAUAGAAUUUUGUUCCAUAUGACGGCAUUGAUAAAAAAAUAUAUCUGACAUUACUUUCAGAUCUAAAAAUAGCGUGAAUUCUGGUAUUUUUGCUAAAAGCAGGAAAAGAGAAAAAUUAGCUCAAAAAAAGGAGAAAGAGGAGAGGUCUUGGAUUACAAAGAAAAGACGAGAAAAAGAGGAGCAUUACAAACCCAGAAGGUAACCGACUAUGGAGAGUUCGAAUCUGCGAUCAUUUUUGGCUGAACACACUUUUAAAAUUUAAGAAAAUCUUAAAGAUGUAGCAAGAAGUUAAAAAUUCAGAAAAUAAAAAAUUAACAUAUUUCUAGAAAAAAUUGAUUAUAACAAUAAAAUAAGGAAUAAUUUAAAUAAUUAAGACCUUAUCCAGACUACAAAAGUUAAGCGAGAACUCGUAACCGUAUUGGAUGUAAAAGUUAAUUCCAACUUAAGUCGUAUGCUCGACAUGACUUAAGUUAAUACUUAAGUGAGAAAAGAGUGUAGUCCGGAGAAGGCCUUAGCGAGAAAGUUUAGUUAUUCUUUUGUAUACGUUUGUGGCCACGAAUAAGAUUUCAUACUGUUAAAGUGAGAGUCGGACUGAACUUACUCCAAACUAGGGACACUUCAUCGCAGCCUGACCAUCAUCGUUUGAUGGGUAGAUGAGAUAGAAAGAAAACGAAUAAGAUGUCCCUAGCAUACGUAUAGAUCGAACUGAUUCUACGAAAAUAGUCAAGCUUGAAGUCCCUUUUUAUUUCUAGAAGGUGUUCGCCAGAGACUGUUUAUCUGUUUUCAGUUAAAUAAGGCAAAUGAUCAUGUAAUUGGUUUCAAUUUGAUUCCUAACGCUCCAUUCAAGUGAAGAAGAAAGCAAAAGAAGAUCGCGAAAAUAUUCAGAUGAGUAGAGCGGGAUACAGAACUCGUGUGAUGAUAUUGACCCUACCACCACGGUCGUCAUAGGUUUUAGUAUCGAAAAAUGUGGUUAUAUCGUGUAUUUUUUUCUUCUUUAGAUACAACAAAUUCACUAGAUGAAUGUUUUGAGUUGAGAAAGAAACAAAAUGGGAAUUUAUUUUCUGUUUUCAGUCUAUUUGUAGAAGCUACGAUUAUCGAGAUAAAUACUAUUGAAGAGUCCUCUUUAGUGCAGAAUAAUAAAUAUCUCUGACAACUGUAAUACGACAAAAAAAUAAAAUAAUAAUCGAGAAUAACAUCUUGUUUAGUUUUGUUUUUUAACUCAAAAUUUUCAUCCAAUGAAUUUGAAUUUAUAAAAUACUGAAAAAUACACGAUAUAAGCAUAUUUUCUCACUUGCACUUAUAGUAUGAAAAAUUAUGGUUUAUUUAUGUAUCUUGUGAUUGGUUAUCAGAAUGAUGUUAGCACAUCAGUAACCAUUUUCUGAAGUAAAGUUGCAUUUAAGAUAUGAUUUUUUAUUUUUGUUUCUUUUUAAAUUUCAGGUUUUCUUGAAUGGUCAAAACACACACUAUUUUCCAUGGCUACUACUAGCAGUUAUUUACAAAGCGAACUACGUCCACCCUUUAUAACUGGUGAAUUUAUUCUAAAUAAUUUUACAGUAUUUUUACAUGAUCAAACGCAUUCACCAGUCUACUGUGCACCAUUAAGAAAUGAACUUGGCACACAUUUAUCAGCCUAUAUGUGGUUAGUAACACCUGGUGUAAUAUCUAAAUAUGAUUUUUCUAUUGAAAUGAUUAAUCAACGAAAUUCAUCAAGCAAAAAUCAUAUUCUUAGAGCGUUUGGAUAUAUGUUUAUAAAUAAUCGUCACGGUGGUUGGCAAGAAUUCUAUCCAUUGAAUCGAUUAGCAGUUGAUGGUUUUCUAGUCAAUGAUGAAAUCAAAUUUCGUUAUCAAAUCCGUCCAUCGUCCUAUUUUGAAUUAUACAAAAGAUCAACACGUCAAUUGCGAGAAUUAAAAAAUGAAAAUGAACAAUUACUAGAGGAUAUUGACCAAAAGACAAUGAUGAAUGAAGAAUUAGAAGAGGAAAUUGAAGAAAAAGAAAUAGCAAAUGAAAAACUACAAGAUGAGAUAGAAGAAAGAGUAAUUGAAUAUGAAAAUAAACUUGAUGAAAAACGAUUAGAAAAUGAAAAAUUGAAAAAAAUAAAUGAACAAUUAGAAAAACAAUUUGACGAUUAUAAAAUGAAAUCAAAAAUAGGCGAAGAUAAAAAAAAACGUACAGUGAGAAAACUAUGGAAUAAUGAUAAUGAUGAAAAUGUAUUUAUAACAGAACGAUCUCGUGGAGAAAAACGCCGAGCAAGCGAAGCUUUAACAAGCGUUUUUUCAAUAUUGUUUGUUGCUCUUACAGCGGAAUUUACAAAUGAAGGUUCAUCACCUUUAGCAUGGGUACAAUCGAUGAUGAAUUCUGUACCCUGUCUUAUUGGACCUAUUGUAUCGAUAUUAACUACACGUUUAGGCUAUAGAAAGACAAUAAUGAUUUAUCACCUCAAUGUCAUUGCUCGAAAAUUAAAAAUAUUAUAUUUGACAAUGAGUUUCUGUUAUUCGUUUGGUAAUUUACUAGUACUGGUGGCAACUGUAGUUGCUGUUACUGAACAUUUUGAAUAUAAACCGUCAUUUGCAUCUGCACUGACAAUUAGCGAUAAUCUUCCCGUGACAAUUUUUAUACAAAAUUAG